GUGGGCCUGGGAAUGGAGGCGCCUGUCUUGUGGGCAGGAAGUGCGAGGUGCAGAGCAGUUAGGGAGCCCCGGGGAGGCCACGGAGUGGGAGGGUGAGAGUGUCGGUGAGGAGAGCGGAAGUCGGAAGCACCAGCGGCCACAUUCUCUGCUCACCGAGGACGGGUGUCCGGACCUUGCAUCUCGAGGGCCUGCUUAUCCUUUCCUGGGUCCUCUGGAGGUCCUCUCUGUUGAGCUGCUGCCUACAAGCCAGGACCCUACCUCUGGGAAACCUCUGCCCCAGGGCACUGGGCUUCCUGGGAGAAGGGAAGAUAUGAUUGGUUCAUGGGCAGGAGAAAGUUGUGAAGUCAAAAGGAUGCUAAGUAUCCUCCAAGCUUCAGUGUCUCCAGUCCUUUGGGUAGACGUGGAUUCCCAGCGGCGCCCCUGGCCAGUGCUCCCCCUAAUCCACACAAUGGGAUGGUGAAGGCGGACAUUUCUGGGGGCUCCUGAGCAGCUUGCGCUCUGGAUGAUGGGUGACGACGACCUCUCUGAACACCCCAAACCCAUGGGAUUUCUCAAUCUCUACUUGGGAGACGACCUGCAGCCCUGCUCAGGAGCUCACCUGAGGGAAACGCGAGGCCAUCCUGACCCUCCCAAACCUUGUGCGGAACAGACCUGGUCCUCUGAGCCUCCUGAUUGCACAAAGCAAGAUGCUCCCCCCAGGGGCUUCAGCUCAGAGCCUGUGUACCGAGGGAGCGGCUCUUCCCAUGGGGGGCCCAGGCACCAAACAGCACCCCCUGGGUCACCCGGGAGCAGCCACCCGCUGGGGAGCCCCAGGCAGAGCCACAGCUCAUCCACCCAGGUGGUGUUCUGGGCAGGCAUCCUGCAGGCCCAGAUGUGCGUCUUGGACCUGGAGGAGGAGCUGGAGAAGACAGAAGGGCUCCGGGCCGAGCUGAGGUGCUGCGUUCCUGCGGCCCCUGUGGAGCUCCCCGCCUUUCCCUCCAGCCCUACUGGGCCCCGGGACUCGGGCCUCCACCCCAGGCCCAGGGAGGAGGACUCUGGGGGAGACGGCAGUGGGCCUGAGGGGGAGACUCAGAAGCCUGUGUGGCCGAGGGAGGAAAGGCCAGACUCUUCCCCAGAGUGGGGUGCCGAGGAGGAGAGCGUGUUCUUCGACAACCCCCUCUUUUUGGAGAGCCCUUGCUCAGACACUGGUGCUUCUGGAGCUCGCUUUUCCUGGGGGUUCUCCGGCUCUUGCACAGAUGUGAGACCUGGGCCCCAGUGUCCCCAGACCCUGGAGCCUCCACCCCCAGGAGGUGGAGUGCCACAGGAGCCGGACAGUGAGCUGGAUUUGGGGGGUGGCACAUCUGACUCCAGCGGACACACCACACCUCCAUUCCCGGUGCCCACCUACCAACCUCACUCCUUCUCAUGGGCUGUGGCUGACACCACCGAGGGGGCCCCUGAAGCACCUUCUGGCUGGGGGAAGAGUGAGACUUCUGUGGAAGACAGCCGUGACCCCUCCGCGUCUGCAGCAUCCUGUGUGGACAAAGCACUGACCUGGGAAACAGGACAUGUCAGAUCUGCCCCGAGCCCCACCACACACCCUGCACAACCCUGGGCCCUGCCCAGCCCUGAAGGCUGGCCGACAGAGGGUCCUUCCUGGUCCCCGGUGCCUCUUCUCUCCCAAGACCGAGGUGACAGUGAUGCUGAGUGUCCCCAGGAACCUGCUCCCUGCACAUUGGCUCCUGGCCUGCUGGGGAGCCCAGCAUCUUCCCCGGAACCUAGCAGCCCCGAGUCCGAGAGCAGACGCGCCGGCCCCAGGCCCAGCCCUGUGUCCUCCCAGGAAGGCAGCCCGCGGCUCUGGGGCCACCACCUGGGCAGCAGUUUUUCCGAGUGGACACUAGAUGCUUCACGCCCUUCACCCUUGGAGACAGAUGGAGCAGAGCCACGUUUCCUGGAGGAAGAAGAGGCAGGAGAAACUCCAAACCCAGGGAAGGAAGUAAGGAGUGAAAGCCCAGCCAGGGCUCCAGAGGCUGGAGCCGUCAUCCAGCCUGGUGCUCACUUGACUUCCACGGAAGGGCUUCCUAAGAACUCCAUGCCCCAAGCACAGUCCCCAGAGGAAGGCCAAAGGCCACAGACUGGAGACAAGCUGGCGAAUGGUGUCAGGACUGACAAGGUGGCCUGGAACUUGGCCUCUCGCCUCUAUCACCUGGAAGGCUUCCGGAAGUCUGAAGUGGCCGCCUACCUACAGAAGAACAAUGACUUCAGCAGGGCUGUGGCUGAGGAGUACUUGUCCUUCUUCCAGUUUGGAGGCCAGAGCCUGGACCGUGCGCUCCGGGGCUUCCUGCAGGCCCUGGUGCUCAGUGGGGAGACUCAGGAACGUGAGCGAAUCCUCUACCAGUUCUCCAAACGCUUCCAUUACUGCAAUCCUGGGGUCUUCUCCUCUGCAGAUUCUGUACACACCUUGACCUGUGCCAUCAUGCUCCUUAACACGGACCUGCAUGGACAGAACAUUGGGAAGACAAUGAGUUGCCAGGAAUUCAUAACCAACUUGAACGGCCUGUGUGACGGCGGGAACUUCCCCAAGGAGCUGUUGAAGGCCUUCUACUGGUCUAUCCGGAGUGAGAAGCUUGAAUGGGCUGUGGAUGAAGAAGAUGUACCCAGACCAGAGAAAGCCCAGCUGUCUCCCACUGCGGGCAAGAUGAUCAAGCCCUUCCUCCAGCUGGACCAGAACCCCACGGCACCCACUUACAAGCAGGGCAUCCUGGCCCGGAAGAUGCAUCAAGAUGCAGAUGGCAAGAAGACGCCAUGGGGCAAACGCGGCUGGAAGAUGUUCCACACCUUGCUUCGGGGGAUGGUUCUCUACUUCCUGAAGGAAGAAGACCACUGCCCUGCAGGGGAGAGUUUGGUGGGGCAGAUGGUGGACGAGCCCGUGGGGGUGCACCACUCGCUGGCCACCCCGGCCACCCACUACACCAAGAAGCCGCACGUCUUCCAGCUGCGGACUGCCGACUGGCGGCUCUACCUCUUCCAGGCACCCACUGCUAAGGAGAUGAGUUCCUGGAUCGCGCGCAUCAACUUGGCUGCGGCCACGCACUCGGCGCCGCCCUUCCCCGCAGCGGUGGGCUCCCAGCGCAGAUUCGUCAGGCCCAUCCUGCCCGUGGGUCCCGCGCAGAGCUCCCUGGAGGAGCAGCAUCGAUCCCACGAGAACUGCCUGGACGCUGCCUCCGAUGACCUGUUGGAUCUGCAGAGGAAUUUACCGGAGCGGCGAGGCCGCAGUCGGGAGUUGGAAGAAUACCGCUUGCGGAAGGAGUACCUGGAGUAUGAGAAAACCCGCUACGAGACGUACGUGCAGCUGCUGGUGACCCGUCUUCACUGCCCCUCGGAUGACCUGGACCUGUGGGAAGAGCAGCUGGGGAGGGAAGCCGGAGGCACUCAGGAGCCCAAGCCCAGCCUGAAGAAAUCCCACUCGAGCCCGUCCCUGCACCAGGACGAGGCCCCCACCACGGCCAAGGUGAAGCGCAACAUCUCAGAGCGCAGAACGUACCGGAAGAUCAUCCCCAAGAGGAACCGCAAUCAGCUGUGAAGCCGACACCACCUCACAGACUCUGGCCCCCCACUCAGGGUGGACCUGAGAUGAGACCCCCGUGGAGGAGCCUUGUUUCAGUGGGUCCGUGGUGGGGGGCGAGGCCUUCCCCUUUCCCUCAGAAGGACAACCCCUGUCCCCCUGUGAUCCUCACUCUCUCCUGCGUUUACUGGAGCUUUUCCAAACUGCUGUGCCUACCCGAAGGCAGCCCCCACUGCCCCGGUGUCCGGUCACUCCCGAGGGAGGAGGGAGGUCAGGGAUUUGGGUGUGCUCGAACGUCACCCUCUACCCUUCCACGAUCCACACCUGCCACGUUCCUUGGGCCUGGGGGAAGCUUAGCACUCACCUGAGAAUCAGAGAGUACGCCUGGGCCCUGGGUUUCUAGAGAGGGGCUGGGGCAGAGGAAGCCUCUGGGUAGUCAAGUCUGGGGAGCCAUAGCCCUGAGGGCGAUCUUGCUCUGGGGAUCAGGUGACCUACUCUGAGAGGUCCUGGGAGACCCCAGCCAGGCCCAGGUAGCAGAGCGCAGGGUCAGGCAGGGACUCCACAGGCUUUAAGGACCAGCUCGGUGAGGCUGACUCUGGGGCCCUCGCCUUUGUCUCCUUUCCCCCUACAAGCAUCCGUGCACCAUGGGCAAAUGAGACAGGCCCCACGUCACACAACCAAUUACUAAUCAGCAGAGCAGAGCCAAUGGUGGGCAGUGAGGGCCAGAAGGGGUUGGGGCCUCCAGAGCUCUGUAGAGAGGCCUGGGAACAAGAGGCCUUUGUUUUCCCAGAGCAGGGAAGGAGGUUCUCCAGGUUGGGACCCUGAGAGAGGCUGGGGGGCGAGAGGCGGUGUCGUGCCCGCCUGGGCGCUCUCCUGGAAGGAGUUUGCAUGAGAGCUGUGAGGGCCAGGUGGAAGGCUGGCUCCCUCCCACACACCCCAUUCCUUGCAUUUCAUUCCCAAGGAGGGGCCCCUGCCCCCCUGCCCCCCUGCCAGCUCUCAGGGGGCUCUGCUGCCCUCCCUGGGAAGUCCCCUUGUGCUGCCCUCUGGCUGCCUCCCAGCUGGGCUCGGGGGGAGGUUCCGGACACACACAGGUCCGGGCUCUGCCUGUGGGAAGGAGGCUGGGCUAGAGGGGCAGCCACCAUUGUCUCUGUUCAGCCAAGUGUGCCCGCCGGCUGCCGGCCAAGAGGGGCCUCUGCUGCCUGUCUGCCGCCUGCUGGCCGACGCACUGCCUCUCCUGCCUUCCCGCCAGGGGCCCCUCUCCUCCCAUCCGUGCUUGUCACCAGCCCUGGAGCCCGGAACACCACCAAGUGGGACUGGCCCUUGUGGACCAUGAGGGGUGUCCAGCCAGGGCCCAGGGCUGGGCCAGAUACCCAGUGGGCACACAGUAACCACAGGCCAGUGAGGAAGGAGGAGUGCACGAGUAUGUGAGGCUGGGGAGGGCUGGGCCGUGCUGGGCAGUGGGGCCGCCUGCAGAGUGGGUCUGGGGCUUCCUUUGCCCCAGCACGCCCGUGCAUAAGCGUGUCUGCGUGUGCAUGUGUAGGUCUGUGUGCAUGUGUGGGGAACGUACUGUGCAGGAGUCACACAUUUAUAGUCUGUCAAUGCUGAGGGGACCUCAGGAUCCUGUGUUCAUCCACUCCUUCCUUCCUUCAUUUCACAAAUACUAUUGACCACUUUUUAUGGGCCAGUGUUAGGGGAUUCCAAAAUGACUUGAACAUAUCUCUGUCCUCAGGAGGUAAAAAUCCUGUUAUCUGGCCCCUUGCUGUCAGUAUACAAGCACACUUUAUCUUGCUGGUAAAGACACAUUCCCACCGUUUGCUCAGGGAUUUGGAUUCAGGAGGUCUGGGUCAGGGGCACGGAUAUGUAUGUUUAAAGCAGCCUGGGUUACCGAUGUGCAGUUAAGAGGUGAAAACCUAGCAUUAGGUGGGUGUGACUUGCCCCAAGACUGAUGCUUAAAAGCUUAGCCUUGAGCGCGGGAUUUGACCUCACUGAACAUAUAUCCUUAUUUCUAAAACCAGAAUAAAAUGCAGAGGUUCGUCUGCAUUUGUGCAUA